UACAACUUACUAGACACCUCAAAAAUGGCAUCAUCUCAUUCAACUAUUGUCUUCAUUCUUGUAACACUUGGUGUUCUUGCAACAUUAGUUUCCGCAACAGAAUACACCGUCGGGGAUGAAAAUGGUUGGACUCUCGACUUUGAUUAUCAAACAUGGGCCAAGGAUAAAGUUUUCGUUGUCGGAGAUAAACUUGUAUUCAAUUACGCGCUUGGCACUCACAAUGUGGUGAAAGUCAACGGCACUGGUUUCCAACAAUGUUUGACUUCAUCUACCAAUGGAACGUUGACAAGUGGACGAGACGUCAUCACCCUUCAAACUCAAGGAAGGAAAUGGUACAUUUGUGGUGUCGCGAAGCACUGUAAGUUGAGAAACAUGAAGCUUGUGAUCACGGUUCUUCCACAAACGAUGAGUCCGGCUCCAACUCCGGCUCUAAGCCAAUAUGCAUCGUCCGCAUUGGCGGCACCAACAAGUUAUGGGUUUGUAGUUGCGUUGUUGUUCGGAGGUCUUAUGUCACUCUUAAUUUAAAAUGUCUUGUGUUAAAAUAUUUCAGCAUUUGUUUAUUUAUUUGUAGUCGUUACUGAGUUUUACCUGCUCU